AUGCCAGCCACAAAUUACGAGGCAAAGGCAGAAUCACCCACAUCAUUCGCAAAAGAUUAUGGAAAAUUUCAUAGAGUUCUUCAUUAUGAUGACUCAAAUACGGUGCAAUUAUACGAAAAGAAAUCAUCGGUUGACCAGAUCAAAUCACCAGGAAGAACUCCAUCCAGCCCUGUGGUGACAAAAUUGAGGCGGGCUUCCUUAAUCAACAAGACAAUAAGAGAACUCUAUGCAGUCAAAAUGUUUCACUCUGCCCAAACAACCACACCACUCCCGUACGGAAAGCAAACUCCUUCUUUCUCACUAUACCAUCCUAACAUUAUCCCAAUUAUCGACAUACUUUACAAUGAACAAAAGCAUCUCUGCCUCGUCAUGCCCUACUGCGGCGGUGGCAAUUUAAAGUCCUUUCUUUUCCCAGACGGACCACGAAAGGACAGAAUCACGAAAGAAGAGUUAAACUGCUGGAUUAUUCAAAUCAUUCGCGCAGUUGCAUUCCUUCACGAUAAAGAUAUUGUCCAUGGCGAUCUGAGACCAGAACAUAUCCUUUUUACAACCCAAGGCGCAGUAAAGGUAAGUGGCUUUGGGGAAGACGAAGAUGCAGUCCGAGAACUGGCGGAAUUAUUGCAUGGCAAUAAUCGCACUUCAUGCUAUUCUGAGUCGGGAGCCAGUUCAAACAUGACUCCGGCUUCUAACUAUAAGCCCAAGAUGUGCAUUCGGAGGAAGCUAUCGGAGGCAAGCGUUCCCUAUCUUCCGCCAGAGAGGUUUUCUGGUCGACGUGGCUCUUUUCAUCAAAGCUAUGCACAUCAUCAAGGCUUUGAUAUCAGAGCGGGAGAUGUAUGGGCAUGUGGUAUGAUCUACAUGGCUCUGAUAUCAGGCAAGCUCCUUUGGCACAGGGCGCAGAGGAUUCAUCCUGGAAAGCCCUUUGCUAAUUAUCUGAACUAUCGUCUGACCGAUGACGGUUACGGUCCCAUACAGUCGCUUCAACUGCGUUGUCGAAAUGUGGUUUACGCGAUGCUACAUCCCGACUCGGAGUCGAGGAUCACUGCAGCAGAGGUUUUGAGGUCAGAAUGGGCCCUUGGCGUUGCGGUCUGCGAAGUUGGAGAGACGGGAUGA